AUGGAUAAGAAGAGGCGAAGACAUGGAUCAAGCAGGGGAAGCUUUGGGGUUUUAAUUUAUGUUCACUUCAUUGGAUGGAUAAGAAGAGGCGAUGCAGAUUUUGUGCGACACAAGUUUUGGCUUGAUUUUUGGGCGAAGUGGAAGUGGAAAAACUACUCUUUUACAGUUUAUUGUUGGGUGAGGAACUGUAUUAGAAGUAAUGUUGGAGAUGUUGAGUUGGCAGCAGUUCCAUGUGGAUUUGGAAAUGCUAUUGGUAAUAAGUUUCAACAGGGAGGAGUUGGAUUGAGGAUGAGAAUCUGUGGUCAGAUUAUAUGUUUUGUGAACUAUCACUUUGCUGCACAUCUGGAUGUUGUUAACAGGCUUAAUCACUGCACAUUGAGUUCAUGA